GCUUGCGUGUUCGCCGGGUAUAUUGCCGACCUAUACGGGCGGAAGCUGGUCAUCAUCCUCUGCAACGUGCUGUUUGUACUGGGCGCCCUGCUGCAGCUGUUGGCUGCCAGGGUGGUGACCAUGAUUGCGGGCCGUCUGGUCAUGGGUCUGGGAGUGGGGAUCGGGUCGCUUAUAGCUCCACUCUACAUUAGUGAGCUCUCUCCUGCCAAGUUCCGCGGACGAAUGGUUAUCAUAAACUGUCUGGCCAUUACCGGUGGCCAGCUAGUGGCUUACGCGAUAGGAGCAGUACUAGGUGGCUACCACGGCGGAUGGAGAGCCAUUGUGGCGAUUUCGAUGCUUCCAUCUACCAUCCAGCUGAUUGCCUUUGUUUUUCUGCCAGAUACGCCGCGCUACCUGAUUUCCAUCGGCAAGCACAAGGCUGCCCGCCAGGUGCUCCGCAAAGUGUAUCUGGGGUGUCCGUCAGACCUUAUCGAGGCCAGCAUCGCAGAAAUCCAUCUACUCAACGCUGCUGUGCCGGGAAAGACCGAGCUCGAACGUCUCAAGAACUCCGCGUCCCAGCUUUUCAGCAUUCCGUCCAACCAGCGUGCACUCGUCAUUGGAUGCGGGCUCCAGGCAAUACAGCAGCUGGUCGGAAUAAACUCGCUGAUGUACUUUUCAGGAACGAUUUUCAAGAUGGUCGGAUACACAAACAGUACCGCCGUCAGCUGCUUUGUGGCAGGGACGAAUUUUCUGUUCACCAUUGUGGCUUUUCUUAUUGUCGACAAGAUUGGGAAACGGAGGAUGCUUUUGAUAUCCAUUCCGUUUCUUAUGUGCGCCCAGCUUCUCUGCGCCGUGGCUUUCCUACAUAUCGACGUGAAAGUGCAACAAGAAGACUUGGGGAUUUGGGAAUGGUCGAUCCUUCUGGGAUUGGUUCUCUUCGUUGCAUUCUACGCAGUUGGACUGGGCAAUGUUCCGUGGCAGCAAGCAGAAUUAUUUCCACAAUCUGUACGUGGUAUGGGCACCUCGUUGGCGACCGUUACCAAUUGGACCGGAUCCUUGGUGGUUUCCGCUUGCUUCUUGUCGCUAAUGCAAUGGCUCUCUCCAGCAGGCGCAUUUUUCGUGUUUGCUGGAAUUUCGCUGGCCUCAUGGGUGUUCAUAUUUCUUGUUUACCCCGAACUGGGCUCAUUGCAACUGGAGGAGGUGCAGGAAUUGCUGAAGGAUGGGUUCAACGUUCGAAAAAGUACCUAUAUUUAUCAGCACAGACUAAUGUGAUUUAUGUAUUU